GUUUGUAUACUAUCAUGUCAAGUUGACAGGUCACUGAUCAAAUUUAUCCUGAUCUUCAAAAUAAGUAUACAACAUGUAACUCUUUCUCCUAGUUUAUUAUUACUUGGAUUUUUGAACUCUAAGCAGAUAUGGACAGACUAGGAGUAGCUCUCACAGUUUUGUCUGUUUCCAUGCUGACUAAUGCAGCUCCACCAGUGUGGCCGUCAGCUUUUAGCGUAGACUUCCAGGAAAGAUCUCAUUUGUCGUUUGUGACUUUAUUUUUAAAUAACGGUUCCUGGUAUUACAAUUUUGACAACAAGCAAGCCCGGUUUGACCAUCUCCGAGGACAGAAAGAUUGGUUCUGCAUGAACCAACAUCUCAGUGACCACGAUAAACAAGCUCCGUGUAACAUGUUGUUUUCAAAUGAUACCAAUUUAUACAUUCAUUAUCCUGAAGCAAAGACGUGCUGCCGUUUGUGUGGACAAGAAAAUUAUUGUACAGUAAUGGAACCUGAUUGGUUGAAGAAUGCCACAUUUUUUGGUGAUGAGAUGUUUUAUGGUUCCAAAUGUCAUGGAUGGCAGACACCUGGAUUUACUUUUAUGGACACGUGGUAUGUGACAGAUGAGAAUGUUCCUUGUCAGUACCAUGAGAAAUCAGACCAUCUCGGCACUAUACAUAACAUUACAUUUAACCAGAAAUCAUUCAACCUAGGACCUCCUAAUCCGGAUAUAUUCAAUGUUCCUUCCUAUUGUCACAAAGAGUGCCCUAAUCCAUUUAAAGGACAGAAAAUGUUUCUAUAAAACUGUAAUUCGACAAAACUUUUUAAUUUGAAUACUUUAUUAUUUGAAUCAUCUAAAGAAUAGAUGUAAAACAAGGGAAGAUUAACAAAACAGUGUCCAAGAAAAUUCAUCAAAAUUUAACAGCACCAUUGCGAGAAAAACUCAAUUCGCUGAAAUCAUUGAUAAGAACGAAUUUUCAUAUAAAAUGGACGUCUUUUUUUGCAAGACUGAAAACGUUACAUCAUAAUUCAACAUGCGCAUACUAUAUAUAUGCCAUUUUUUCUCCACAAGAUCUUAUGCUCUUUAUUUUAGUUUAUUUCAAUGUUAACUUAUAUAUACUAUCUACAAUAGUUCCAAAAUAUACAAAAAAUAUACCAUAGCAAUGCUUGAGACCCACAAAAGAACAAUAACUACAUCUCUACUACAUUCAAUUCUUCUUGUUCUAUAUUGAUCACUUUAGAAGAUUAAUUAUAGUUCGAGGUGGGGUUUUUCCACCGUUUGUACCCAUUUAAGUGCGUUAAUCGUCCAAAAAGGGGGAUUCCAACCCUCGAACCCCCUCCCCCUGGAUCUUCUACUGGCGCAACUAUAGAAGACAUGAGUACAAAAGGAUAUAUAUGAAUUACAAAUAGAUUCUAAAUGGUCAAAUUUUAAUUCUGAUACGGGAAAAAAGGUCACACACAGUAAGUACACCAAAUAACACUAUCGUAGAAAAAUCUUCAUCAUAAUUUCUACUUUCGGAAAAUUUUAAGGCUUGAUAAAUUGUGUUUUUAAAUUAAGUAGAUCGUAACACAAUAUUUACCUCCAGAUUUUUUAAAGUUUUUUAUUGGUCAAGAUUUCUAUAAUAUCCCUGACGUGAAUACAAAAUCUUCUUUUAAAAAACUCCAAUUGAAGAUGUUAUUAAUGAGUCCUUUAGUUACAUCAUGAAAUAUAUCAAACAGUGCAUAUUAUUUAGUUAUAUAUAUGUUGCAGGCAUUUUCUAAAUUUAGGCAUUUUGUAAAAUGACUGAAUUUUCAGGCAAUUUACAAAAUGACUAAAGAUUCGUAGCCAUUUUGUAAAAUGACUGAAAUUUUGAAAAAAAAAUCAACAAGUUGCCAGUUCAGUUUCAGGCAAUUUGAAGAAGAAUGAUAUCAUUUAGAUGUGGACAAAAACACUAUAUCUUGCAAAUAAAAAUAACUAAUA